CGCCCACUUGAUUCUAGCAUCUACCUACCGGAUAUGUGCAAACCACAACAGACAUGGCCUCUCCGAUGACAGGCGCCCAGGACCGCCUCCUUUUGAAUAAACUUUAUUGACAAUUUUCGUUUGUAUAACACACACUCUCAGACGUCAAGCGGUGCUUGGAAAUCUCGCGAGAAUUGGAUACGUGUGCACUGAUCAGAUCAUCAUCAGGGAGAGGAGAAGCGGGACUGUGUGACAGACCGGCUUCUGGUACCGCAGCAGCCGCUGAGCAACGUCCCUUCUCUGGUGAGACAGUCAGGCCAGUCAGCGCCGUUGCUGGGUUGUUCUGAGAUUAGGAAAGGAUUCCAGAUCUGCAGUGAACAUGUCUGAAAAACAGAAUAACUUCCCCCCUCUGCCUCGGUUCAUACCACUCAAGCCAUGCUUCUACCAGGAUUUUGAGACUGACAUACCAGACCAACAUCGUACGACAGCCAAACGUCUUUACUACCUGUGGAUGUUGAACAGUAUCACGCUGGCGGUGAAUCUGAUUGGCUGCCUGGCGUGGCUGAUUGGAGGAGGCGGAGCCACUAAUUUUGGCCUGGCGUUUCUAUGGCUUAUCCUUUUCACUCCCUGCUCCUAUGUGUGCUGGUUCAGACCUAUUUACAAAGCCUUCAAGACAGACAGCUCCUUUAACUUCAUGGCUUUUUUCUUCACAUUUGUGGCUCAGUUAGUCAUCAGCAUAAUACAAGCUGUUGGUAUUCCUGGUUGGGGAGUCUGUGGGUGGAUCGCAACUAUCGGCUUCUUUGGAACAAAUGUGGGUUCUGCAGUGGUGAUGCUGAUUCCCACAAUUAUGUUCACAGUUGUGGCCGUCUUCUCUUUUGUGGCAUUGACAAAGGUACACAAAUUUUACCGUGGUGCUGGAGGCAGUCUGAGUAAGGCACAGGAAGAGUGGACCACAGGUGCUUGGAAAAACCCUCAUGUCCAGGAAGCGGCUCAGAACGCAGCCAUGGGCGCUGCUCAAGGUGCUAUGACACAACAUGAACCUCAGUACUCUGCAACACCAAACUAUGGCUACUCCAAUCAAAUGUGAGGGAUUCCUUGGGACUGUGAGAAGUACAUUCCCCGGGGUCGCAAGGACCUUGUGUGUUUGCUACCCUCUUAGUACAUUUGUUUCUUCAACUUUCUAACCACUUCCCUUUUGAUAUGGUGCAUAAUUGAUUGUGGUGUGUAUGUGGUGUCCCGGGGAGAAUCCAGCCACUCAUUAAUAGGGGUCAUAUGUUCAUUUAAGAAACCUAGAUUUACAUAAAGCCCAGUAGUGCUUUGAAGCAUUACAUUAAGAGGGUAAAUAAAAUUAGGUGUUUGGUGUAAGUCUAAAGAGGCAAAUAGACAGAGGUAAAUAAGUGACAAAAGAUGGUUAUUCAAGUAAAUGACCUAAAUAUGUAGCAUCGAGCAGUGUGUGUCUCCCAAACUGGCAGUAAGAGCUUCAUCUCAUUCUACUGUCCACCAGGGACUGGAAAGGAGACCCACAGCUAGAUGCUGAUCUUGAUACGUUCACUUUGCACUUCAGCCAACUACUCUGUGUUUUUUCUUUAUCAAAUAGUACACCAUUAUAUUGGAAGACUUGCACCUUAAUGUCAUGCUUUGUGUACUUCAUUGGCUCCAGAUGCCACCCAGCAUAUUUGAUUUUAUGAUAAAAAUGUAUCAUUGGAUUAUAUUGCAGUAACAUAUAUUCAAGCCCUGUCUAGGACCUCUUUCUAUUUUUAUGUAUGGAAAUUGUGUUUUGUUUGUUAUUGAACACUGCUAUGCAAUAACUCCUAAUAGAAUUGCAUAUGUACUGAUAAUGCUGCACUAUAUAGGUAUACAGUGUAUAUGUACAGUACUAAUGAAUAUGUUACACUGUUUAUUUAAACUACAUACCUCCUAAUCUAUUUCUUUAGAGUCCGUUAGCACACAGGGUUCCUAUGCUAUGUAACCGCUGAGAGGGGAAAGGUGUGGCACAGUUGGCAAUUCAAGAAAAACAUUUUAAAAAAACAACACAUUUUUUAUUGAUAUUACUCUGUGGCAUAUUAGUAAUUGUGCACAGUAUGACUAUUGCAUAAUGCUCCAUAGUGUACACAAUUUAGAGGAAUACUGACUAAGUUGUGCACACUCUUUGUUACAUUUUUUUAAAUGGAUGGAAAUGUUGAAAUCUUGCGAUUGCGGCUCCAGAACCUCAGAUAGAUUGAAAAAGCAGACUGAGCCAAGAUAUAUAAGCAUCUUGCAUUAUGCUUCUGCUGUUAAAUGAACAAACAUAUACACAUUAUGUUUUGUAAGAUUGCCUCUAUGGGUAACAAAAUGUCAAGUCGUAUAUCUUAAUGUUUAAUACAUUAACAUUUGUGGGACCAACUGAAUACUGACACAAUGUAUUAGUUAGUAUGUUGUAAUAUUGUUAUACUUUGAAAUGUUAAAUGGGCAGCUUCUAAAGGACUGAACUCUGGAAUAAUUAGAACAAUACCCCUCAAUGUGAAUAAAGUUGGCUUUCUGCUAAUCGCACAUUUCUGCUAAAAUAUCAUUUGGUGCAACUAGCUGCACUUGUUUACAUUUUGAUUUCGUUAUGCACUUUUUAGGAAUUGGUUUCGAAAAUAUCUAUUAAAAAAAAAAGUCUUAAAUGAAUUGGCUAGAUUUGCAUAAACUCGAGCUGUAAUUUUUUGUUUUCCUAGCACAGACGUAUAAAAUUGUUUACUUGCGACAGAGCCAGCACAGCUAAAAUGAAAUUACUUUCUGUAGAUAUGGUGGCAGUUAUAUAAUUGAAAGAUUUGCUAAAGUGUCUAUAAAGAAAUGUUAGUGCUGUUGCCCACAGCAACUCAUCUAGAAUAUACUACAGUGUUUCCCCAACUCCAGUUCUCAGGUACCCCUGACAGUGCAUGUUUACCAGAUCUCCUAAUUGAUGCACAAUUGUAUUCAUUACUGUCAGACACAUUUUAAUAGAUACACAGGUGGUACUAAUUAUUUCACUUGUGACUUACUAAGGAAAUCUGUAAAACAUGCACUGUUAGGGAUCGCUGAGGACUGGAGAUGGGAAACACCGACGUACUAGAUAAAUCACAGCUAGAAUCUAUUUGGAUACCAUAGUCAAUACCUUUACUCUUUCUUAUUUGAAGCUUUAGUAAAUCUUCAUCAAAGCUUUUUGUUUUUAGCCUUUACUAAAUUAUUACAAACAGAAAAUCGCGGCCACUCCCAUCGUUUUCAUGACAAUUUGCGAUAAUCCAAUAUGUGACCUAUACAAGGGGUUGAAGGCUUUUCAAUAUUUAGUAAUAAUGGUUCUCUCAGCAUUGCACAAACAAUGUCAGUGAUGCUGCUGCCUGUUUAUCUUUCAGUAUUAUAAAUAGGUGGAAAGCUUCUUUUACAAGCUCUUUUUCCAUAUGUGGCUCCAGAUGCUGUGUAGCAAUAGUGGUAAUGCCAUCUAAUGCUUACCUGGCUCUUUUUGUAGAUAAAUUCAGAUGCCAUCAGAAACUUCUCCAACUGAGAGCUUGAAGUAGCCGUUAAUGUAAAUAUCAAAGAUUUCAGUAUUGUGCAGUUCUUUAUAUAUAAUGAACAUUCCUAGCUGAUAUUUUACUCCUGUCUUCAUCACUGACCUCUUAAUUAUAUCUGGGAAAAGUAUAAAAAAAAUGUAGAUGAGUCUUAGAUAAUUUGUGCACUCAUUCCCUUGAAUCAGUUACAUACAGUAUGUUACAAAAUCCCCAUGUAUAGUUCUGUUCAAGAUGGGAUUCCUAGACCCAAUGAUGAGUUCUUGUAUUUAUCACUGUAUGUGUAGUUUCUCUUAAAUUAUUGACGUUUGGUGAGAAGAGUUGUCCAAAAUGUGUGAUUCAAUUAAAAAAAUAAAAAUAAAGGAAGCUUUCAACUUA